AUGAUCACCAGAACAGGUUUUGUAUUAGCACUUCUGUCCUCAAGCGGACACAGCUUCACAAAAUUGCCACAGCCUGCAAGAUUGAAUUCAAUUUCACUAUCUUCUAGCACUUUUGAUGUCGAGACUGCUUCUUCUCCUUCAGGACGGAUCGCAGGUGAACGAUUUUCACCCUCUCCAGAAGAUAUCAAUGCAAUGGAAGCAGCUUUUGAUAAAUCCAAGGGCAAGGGCAAUGGCAGUGAAAGAUUGUCAAGCAUCGAAAAAGAAUUCCCCAACAAACGAAAGAUUAAAGCGAGUGUCAGAGAAACCGGAACUGACAGUAUGAAGGAGUACAUGAAGUCAAUGUGCAAUCACGAGCUGUUGAACAAAAACGAAGAAAUCAUCCUUGCACGAGAAAUACAAAUUCUUUUGAAAUGGGAAGAAGAGCGAGAUGAACUUGAAAAUCAACUUUUGAGACCUCCGACUUACGCAGAAUGGGCGGCUACCAUCCGAACCGAUAUGAGUGUCCAAGAACUCAAAAAGCAAAUUCGGCGAUCCUUAAGAGCCAAGUCUGCUCUUACAGAAUCGAACAUUCGACUUGUCGUUUCUAUCGCGAAGCGCUACCCAAACACCAACCUCUCUUUCCAAGACCUUACCCAAGAAGGUAUCCUUGGUCUCACAAAAGCUUGCGAGAAAUUCGACCCCGAGAAAGGGUUUCGUUUCAGUACCUACGCUACUUGGUGGAUCAAACAAAGUAUCAUGAGAGCAAUCGCAGACCAAGGAAGAACUAUCCGACUUCCUGUCCAUAUUCAUGACCAACUCAAUUCACUUCGGAAGGCGGAACGAGAGCUUAAGUUAGAGCUUGGAAGAGAUGCAACCAACGAAGAAUUGAUUGCCCAAACUGGACACACAGCAGACAAAAUUGAAUUCCUCAACAGAGUGUCACAACAUGCUAUUUCUAUGGAAACUCAGUUAACUUCUUCCAAGACCAAGGGUUCUGGAGCCGGUAUCGGUGGAUCCGACAACUCUUUAACUCUCGGUGAUCUCAUGUCCGAUCCUGAACAAAAGCCAGUCGAUCAAGCAUCCUACCAAAUGCUGAAGGAUGACAUUUCCAGAUUGAUCUGCACAUUGAACUCUCGAGAACAAGCCGUCAUCCGUAUGCGCUUCGGAUUAGACGACGGAAAAGCAAAGACAUUGGAAGAAAUUGGCAACCGCUUUUCUGUGACCAGAGAAAGAAUAAGACAGAUUGAAGCUCGUGCUUUGCACAAGCUUCGUCAACCCUACCGCAAUCAUGCAGUCAAGUGCUAUGUGCAAGACUACUCAUAA